AUGGCCGACGCCGAAGAGCCUCAAUUCAACACGCUGGCAGAGCGAAUAGCAGCCCUCAACAAGCAAAAGAAUUUCAGCACCACUACCCCAGAACCAGCUCGCAAGCGCCCACCGGGACCACCACCUCCUCCCCCUGGCCGGCCUGUCGUCGACGCCAGGACUCAGUCAUUACCAGUGGUUUCGUCCUCUGGGAGUCCUCCAGGCCAUCAUAGCCCCGCGAUCCCUCCCAGGCCCAAUCGACGGAACAAUGCGCCAUCGGUUCCUGGACAGAACCCAUCUGUUGCGCUGAACGGGACGCAGCAUCACCACCAGAGCCCUGUUGCCGCCCCACCUCCGCUACCAAGCCGCUCCCCCUCGAGUCAACCAACUUUGCCGCCCCGGCGCACAUUGACGCAGCCUCCCAGUUUGACGGUGAGACGUAACUCGGGCUCUUCUGAAAUUUCCCAGCAUUCGACUUUGUCCUCUCUGUCGUUGGGUGGUCACACUGCAUCCUCCGUCACCAGUCAGGGCUCGGAGGGCACCAUCUACAAGCUGCCCCCGGCAUUUGAUGCAGCCAGUCUCCCUCCGCUGCCGCCCUCCAAGAGAGAACGUGAGGCCAAGGAGGCCAAGGAGACUGCAGAGGCAAUUAAGCAGGCAGCCCGGCCCAAGUAUCACAAGCAAGCAGCCCAACCAAUUCCAGCUUCUCGCCAGGUUGAGCCUGCUCCAGCACCCAAACCUUCUCUCCCACCAAGACUCCCUUCGCGGCCAGCCAUACCGCCGCGAAAUGCAACUGUGGCGACCACAGAGCCCAACCAGCCACCUCGGAAACUGCCACCCCGGCCAAUGGGAUUUGCGAAAUCAACACCCACCAAUGGCACUUCAACUCAAUCCCCAGGUGUGCGACCUGCUCUUCCAAGCCGGCCGCAGUCACACGACGAGCCUCCUCCAGUACCAGCUUCCUCGCGUCCGUCAUUCGCACAGAUUGAGGCUGCUUCCCGAGCGCCUCCACCCAUUCCCGUGGUUGACGACUGCUUCAUUUGUCGAGACUGGAGUGGCCCCGACACAGUAGCAGCACAGUUCCCCCGGCAAUCACUACCGAGGAAUGAUCCUGUAGGCCAUCUGGCUCAUGGGCUCUGCGACCCAUUCCCGUCUUAUACAAACAAGGCCCGCGCAAUCUUCACAUGGUUCCAUCACAACAUUGUCUAUGACACGGUUGCGUUCUUUGGAAACUCUAUUAAACACAUGUCAGUUGAAGACACUAUUUUCAGUGGAAAAGCCGUCUGUCAAGGCUAUGCGGAGGUGUACAAGGCGAUCGCAAACAGAGCUGGGCUUGAGUGCGUCCUCGUUAGUGGCCAUGGAAAGGGAUACGGGUACACUCCCCUGAAAGAAGGGGAGCGCCCUCCUCCACCCAAGCCAGACGGCCAUGCUUGGAACGCGGUGCGCAUUGAUGGCGGCGAGUGGAAGCUCUUGGAUGCCUGCUGGGGAGCCGGUCACCUAGACGGCCACACCAACCAGUACAAGCAGACUUUUUCCCCUACACAUUUCAACAGCUCCAACGACAAGUUCGGCAGGUCACACUUCCCCCGCGAGUCAAAGUACCAGUUCCGCAACGAUGGCCGGGUCAUCAGCUGGGAGGAGUACUUCGUGGGCCCAAAGGUUGGCCAGGUGAAUGGUGAGCGUCCCACCUUCUACACUGGUGCACACGAGGAAGGAUUUUGCGAGGACACCGUGGAGCCGAAGGGACGGGACAUCCCUGUGUAUAGCGGCGAAGUCGUACGGUUUCAAUUUUCCAAAAUCUGCGAACACUGGACAUCGGAGAAACACGGGCGGGGCAAGCCUCCCCUGUUGUUGCUUUGCAUUAACGGGGUUGAUGGUCGAAAAGAUGAUAUGCUACCCAUGGAGACAGAUGGCUACUGGCAUUGGAUCGAUGUGAAUGCAAGGGAUCUAGGAGCCCCAGGACAGUCGGUGAAGGUUGCCCAACCGACAUCCAUUGAUGGGCAGGAUGCUAGGGGCGUUACAGCAAAGGAAUUUCUGGCAAAGAAGGGCAAGGUGGGAAUGGCUUGGUCUUAUGAUAUGAGCUGGGAGUUGGUAUAA